CAGGCUACAGGGAUCCGUUCCCCUGGAGGAAAUGGCUGCGUUGGAAGGUGGACUCUCUGGCAUUAGACUUUGCUGAGAUUCCUGCCCAGAUCUCGCCGCAUCCCCAAAUCGCCAGGAAUUUCCCAACCCGGAGCCGGCAAGCACAGUACACGAGAUCAUUGGGAUUUUGGUAGAGGUGACAUUUCUCCAUCUGCGAUAGGAUUGCCAGCCGUCACAUGGUGGGUGGAGAGCUGGCAUUACAACUGCUCUCCAGAGGACAGGGAUCGGUUCCCCUGGAGGAAACGGCUGCUUUGGAGGGUGGGAUCUAGGGCAUUAUACCCUGCUUAGAUCCCUCCCUUCACCGAAGCCGCCUCCCCAGGUUGCAUCCCCAAGUGUCCAGGCAUUUCCCAACCCAGAGUGGGGAAUCAUCUCCCCCUCGCCAGUUCCCUGCCACUGCGUGCUCAGGUGAGUUUUCCUCACAGGGUUGUUGUGAGGAUAAAAUGGAGAGGUGCAACAAAUCCGGAGGGAGAGCAGGAUGAAAAGAAGAUGUAAGUAUCCAGGAAGAGAUGAGCACCCCAGGAGGGCUUGCAACCAACCGUGGACGGCGUUUCAAAUGGGCCAUUGAGCUAAGUGGCCCAGGCAGCGGCAGUAGGGGCCGCAGUGACCGAGGCGGUGGGCAAGGGGAUACUAUGUAUCCUGUAGGGUACUCAGACAAGCAGGUGCCAGACACGAGCGUGCAAGAGACAGACCGUAUUCUAGUGGAAAAGCGCUGCUGGGAUAUUGCCCUGGGCCCCUUGAAGCAAAUCCCCAUGAAUUUAUUCAUCAUGUACAUGGCGGGUAACACAAUCUCCAUCUUCCCCACCAUGAUGGUCUGUAUGAUGGCGUGGAGGCCCAUCCAAGCUCUUAUGUCCAUCUCGGCCACCUUCAAGCUACUAGAGAGCUCAAGCCAGAAGUUCCUGCAGGGUCUGGUGUACUUAAUCGGCAACCUUCUCGGGUUGGCCCUGGCUGUGUACAAAUGCCAGUCGAUGGGGCUGCUGCCAACUCACGCCUCAGACUGGCUGGCGUUCAUUGAGCCCCCUGAGCGCAUCGAAUUCACCGGUGGAGGUCUAGUGUUAUGACCCUAUUUGGUCCCUGAACCCAGCUGCUGCUUUCGAGGUCUGGAUUUCCACCACCAAAUACUCUUUUCCCUUCCGUCAACUCACUGAGAACGCUCACCAGUUUUAAGGAGGUUUGGUCCUACUGAAGAACAUCUGGACAUACAGAUGUAAACACAAAGGACUUAUUUCCGCCCACAGGGGAGGUCAUCCAUCUGGCCAAGUUCUCUCCCCCGCACUGCUGCUCCGUUUGCCUUCCCCUUUUGUUGCCAUCCGAAUAAAAAUGUUGUAAAGGAGUGUCUCCCCCUGCCCCUCCCCUCGAAGCAGGCAUGGCAAAACUCUUCUUCGGUUUUCUUAUUUUAGAAAAUAAUCGAAUCAUUCUUGAGAACAGCGAAGGCUACCGAAUGAGGCCAGAAGGCCAAAGGAAGGGGAUGUGGCUUCAGGGCCCUGUUUUUGUCCCCUAUUCAUAAAUGCUGGUAUAAAUUAUUUAGAAUAAUUACCCAGUAGAAUGGCGAAGUCACCGGGUUUUUUGCACAAGCAUUUCCAUUGCUUUGUUUCUUAACAGGUCAGAUGUUUUUCAAGAGGUGAUGGCAACCAGCUGAACAAACAAUGUGGUUAUUGAAUGGCACUGCAUAUGUGAUGGGGAAUUAAAAUUUGAUUUCCAGCGA